AUGGCUGCACGCGUGCUGCUAGUCCUCACGUCUCUGGCGUGCCGCGCCGCGGCCUUCGCGCCGCCGCAAUCGUACGCUGCGUCGCGCCUCGCGCAGCGAUCGCGCGGCGCGCCGGCGGCGCUCGCCGCGGACCCGGCGGCGCUCGCGGCCCUCGGCGACGGCGGUGCCCUGCCGAGCGCCCUGGUCGCCCUGGGCACGAACGCCGACAUCACGACGCUCUUCAACGUGGCGACCUUCGGCCCGCAGCCACUUUGGAUUCUCAUGAUCGCCGCGGGCUGCGGCGUCGGCCGGCCGAUCGCGGACGCGGUCAUGAAGCCGUGGUGGCCGCUCAUCGCGUUCAGCCUCGUGCACGUCGCCAUCGUCGUCAUCUCGGCGACGCAGGCCGACGGCGUCGCGCCCAUCGCCGAGUUCAACGAGGUCUUCGACGCGACGGGCUUCCCCUUCUCGCCCGCGCCGCAGCAGGCCAUGUACCACAUGAUGGACUACGUCAACUUCGUCUCCGAGGAGUGGCCUCAUGUUUUAACGUGGGACCUCUUCGUCGGCCGCUUCAUCUGGCUCGACGGCGAGAAGCGCGGCGUCUUCACGCCCCACUCCGUGCUCCUCACGAACCUCAUCGGCCCGCCGGGCCUCAUGCUCCACUUCCUCACGUGCGCGGUCCAGGGCAAGGGGCUCCCGCCGCCCGACGAGGCGCCGGCGAAUUAG